AUGGAGUUUUUCAAGGCAAACGAUGGCUGCCAGAUCGCCUAUCAAGACGCCGGCGACAAAAGCCAACCAUUUUUGGUCCUCCUGCAUGGUUUCACUGGCUCAUCCGAGGUCUUUCAACGCAACAUUCCCACUCUAUCGAAGCAUUUUCGUAUCAUAGCACCCGACCUGAGAGGUCAUGGUGCUUCUGACAAGCCUACUCAUGGCUUCCACGUCUUUCGUCUGGCAAUGGAUCUGCACAACCUUCUCGAUCACCUGAACAUCUCUCAACCCCACACCGUAAGAUGUAUUGCCGGAAGCCUCGGCUGCUCGAUCUUGUGGUCUUAUACGGAGCUGUUCGGUAACCAAGUCUUCUCACAUAUGAUAUGGGUAGACCAAGCGCCGAUGCAGAAUUACGCGAGCGACGGAAGCUGGGGAAGUGCAGAAGGCAACCGCGGCAUGAAUUCUGUGGCUGCUGUCGCGAAUUUGAAGGCGACGUUGAAGUACGAUCCCGACAGUGUGUAUAAGGGCACGAUCGCUGGAUGUUUGGGCUACAGAAGCCAUCCUGUCGAGGGUGAGUCCAUCAGCGACCAAGUCAGAGACGCCGAUGAGGAAUUCUUUCUGGCUAUUGCAAGGCAGGGCAAUGCAGAAUGGUAUGGCAACUUGAUGGCCGAUCACACUGCUCUCGACUGGCGACAAAGUAUCGUGGAGAACUUUGGAGGGAGGGCAGAGAACAAGACUGAUGUGCUUGUGGUAGCCACAAAUAGAAGUGGAUGCUUCCCUGCAAGUGGGCCAAUGGCGGCGGUCUCUUUUGCAAACCUGAAAGCGAAAACCCCUCGCGCUCAGGGUACUGUCAUUGAAUGGGGAGGUCACUGGUGUUACUGGGAAGAUCCGGAGAAGUUCAAUCGACUGGUGCUAGACUUUUUGCUGUAA